GGACCCGGCUCAGCCAAUCACAGCUCGGCCUUCCCAAGUUGUCCGCUCGCUGAAACUUUGUGGUUUUCCCGCUGCUUGUUUGUGUCUUUUGGAUCCGGCUAGCGAAACCGCGUCUCUUCGCCGACUUUUUCCGGGAUGUUACCGGGCCGCGGGGUCCACUUUUCGCUCCGUGACCGGACUCGGAGCCGGGGAAGGCCGUGGUGAGGAGGGAAAGAGACGAGAAAAAGGAAUAGGAAAAGAUGUAUCGAUGGCGCUUGUGCAUCGCCUUGACGCUGGGCCUGUUGUGGUACUUCACGGACUCCGGUCGAACUCUCGCUCAGUUUUUCGUUUCUUUCUGUUUUGUCUGCAUUUCGACGCCGUUUUUCUUGGCUAACGGCGGCCGGGAGAGCAGCACGCAAACCGACGAGGACCCCCUCCAGGAGACUGUUGACGAGCACCAGAGUUGUGACUUAACCGCUGAAGAUAACGACAAUGACACCGAGGCCUCCUUGGCGUGUCACUACCCUCAUGUCAAACAAUCUCUGGAGCAAGUGUUUGAGGUAGCCUACGCCCGGCUGGUGUCUCCGUGGUACGACGUCCCCGAGCCGUGCGAGAGACAACCGCUGCGGCUCGCGCUCGGCGGCGAGUUCGACUUUCUCAUCGACAGCGUCAUUCGACACACGCGCGACUUGGACGUGUGUCGAGCGGCGGUGGGGGCCAUUCGCAUUCUCACGCAGCAUUUGCACGACGCCAAGCAGACCGACAGGGAGCUUUUGUUGAGCCACAGAGCCGAGGAGAUGGAGCUGCUCCGCGAGCUCUCAGAUGUUCUGGUACGAAAUCUGCUGCCUGGGCACCUGUGGGGCCAGCAGGUCACCCGCUGUGCCUUGAGUGAGAUUCUUGCCUUAAAGGGUUUGGGCCUGUUAGUGACAUGGCUGUCUGACCCUGACAACCUCAACCAGCUGGUGGUGAGCCAGCUCGACAGCGUCUCUGCCAAAAGUUCUACGGAAGAGCUGAGCGCCUCCGACCCGGAACGAGCCUCUCUUGCGUCGCACGAGGGCGAGAGCGCUCAAGUGAACUUUGAGGGAGAAGAAGUUUCCACCAGCAGCAAGAUUAAAGGCAAGGGCAAAGGCAACAGGUUAAAGGCGGGCUGGUCCAAAUUCGUGGACAAGAUGAAGACCAAGAAAGCCAAGAAGAAGAAGAUGAAAAAGCUGGAGCGGGAGCUAGUGAUGAGAAUCAUGGCCGUCCAGGGAGACGCCUCCAAUGAGGACGAGGCCAGCAGCAGGGAGGGCUCCGUGCACAGCCAGCACGACUCCGACCAGGAAGACAGCGAUCUGGAGAACUACCUGACAAGCGUCCAAGAGGACAUGAUGGAAUUCAAGCUGUCUUAUGAAAUGUGGCGCGUCGGCCGCUGGGCUGUCAGCAUCCCUCAUGCCGAGUGGGAAAACGAGGAGCUCAUCUUCACGGUUCAUCUGGAGGAGAGGGACAGCCCGGAAAACCUUCAGUGGGACAUCAAGAAGAAAUACAUGGACGUCAUCUAUUUUCGAAACAGGUGGCAGGACUCCACCAGCUUGCCCGCCAUCUUGGAGGUCAACGAGCUGGAGGUCAGCAGCAAAGCCAAAGAAGAAGCCAAAGUCUCCGUGGAACACUUCCUGCAGGAAUUAAUAUCAGACACUCUGAUUGGACACACGCAACCGGUGUUCCAGUUUCUCUGUCCGCUAGAUAAGCUGCUGAAUGAAGAGCAACAUUACGGAGGGGUGUGGGGACUUCUCAGCGGUUUGGCUUACUUCCUCACUCCCGGACAAGAGGACGAAGAGAACUCAACCCCGCCGACGGAACCCUCGAAAGAAACGGCGGAAACUUCGGAGAACUCUGUCGGCGGCUCCGCUGAGACGAGCGCCGCCCCCGGCGGCAUUUUGCUGCCCACCAUUGUCAUAUCCUCCUGCGACGCAGAAGCGGAGCGGCGCUCGUCUUUUAGCUCUCUGAGCGGAAGUCUGGAAAAAUCGGAGGAUUCCGACAAUCCUUUAACGCACUUUAAAAUGAUCCUCAAGGGUUUGAGUCGAUCCAGAUCGCAGGAGUCGCUGGCCUCCGUCAAAAACCGCAGCGACGACGAAUCGGAGGACGCGCCGGAGGACCCCGCCAACGGACCGUCUUGGUUGAAUUUCGCCGCCAGGGCCAAGAAGGAGAAGCCCAGCCCCCGCUUGUCUUGCGGGACCGGCAAGUCCAAAGGGGGAGAGGCCACGUGCGCGAGGAGUCAAGGCACGUGGGAGCAGCUGGAAGCCACCAAAGCUAUUUUCGAUCUUCUCAAGGAAAUAUCAGGAAACUCCAUUCUGAUUAACAUAUUUGAUGCCAUUUUGAAACCCGUCAUGCCCAUUUUGAAAAAGAAAGUCAACUCCUUCUUGAACAAAAUGAACCCGAGCGAGGCGCAGAUGGCGGCGUACAUUCAAAGCCUGUGCGACAAAGCGUGGCCGCAGACCCCCGCGGCGCGGCCGCCUCGCACGGACGACGACAAGAGCGAGACCCGCGAGCGAGCGCUCCACCUCAUCGGCUCUCGAUAUUCCCACUACCUGGUCCUCAAGAAGACAGACAUGGAGAACGUUUUUAACCUCUUCCAGGAUGCGGAGAAAAACAAAACCCUGGUUUAUAUGCUCCUGUCAUUCCUCCUCCGGGAAUUAUUCCCCCAUGAGCAUUCCCUCAGUCGGAGUGCGGCUGCCCUGCACAACGUCAGCAACCUCAUCUGAUCUGUGAAAGUCUUUUUAUUGCUGCUUUUUACAACAACAAAAAAAAAGAUAUAUGAUGUCAUUAUUUAUUAAACACCUUGAAAUGCCUUAAAAUACUUCAGUGACAGUCAGCACUUUUAAAAGAUGUUUUUUUUUUACCUCAAUUGAACUCAUUGGCUACCCACGGCGGCGAUAGACGUCCAAUCCGAUUUCCAGGAGCGGAAUUGGAUUGGACGUAUAUCGCCAUUAGGGCGGUGAAUGAGUUAAACACGGAAUGUAUAGAUUUGAAUCUUUGCGGGAUUGUUAUUGUGACACGACGAUUGUUCUACUGGUUUCAUUCCUGUCACUUAUCUUUUGGUGCCACUUUUUCCACACGUCAGAGUAUUUUUGUAUCCUGAUUGUCAUCCCGUACGCAGAAAACUGUCCAUUUUAUGUCAAUGUUGUUUUU